UCUUUAAAAAAAAAAAAAAAAAAAACAGCACUAAAGCAUGUGUUGGUGAUACAAAAGCAGCUCAGAGGGGACUAGGGCUGGGCGAUAUAUCGAUAUAAUAUCAAUAUUGUAACAAAUGAUUACGCGAUACAAUUUUCUGAGAUAUCGUUGGUACAGUGAUGUGUUUUUUACCUUUUUAAUAAUGACAAAUUAAAUGAUACUGAAUGGAUGCCGGUGAUUUGAUAUAAUUUUGUAAAAUAAACUAAAAAUAUUAAUCAUCUUUGUCUUUGUAGGCAUUGAAGAAUUGUCAAACUCGUUUUUUUUUUUUUUUAUUGUUUUGUUUUGUUUGUUUUGCUACAGUUUGGUAGCUAAAUUAUCUACCGUGAUUCACACGCAUCGUAGUAGCCCUACAGAGGACUAGAAAUACUUUUCUGCAGUGAAAUGAAAGUCACGUGGUGGGUAUUUUCUCUUCUCGCUGUCAGUGAGCCUUUCAUCUGUAAGCUUUUUUUGUUACGGAGUCCGUAACUCCAUGAACAAGAUUAACACCGUCUUUAAAUGUUCGGCACACCGUUAUGCACUUCAUCAAUUGGAUAAAUUGUGUAGGAACUGAUAGAGGACUGAAGUGUUGAUUGCUGAGGCGCUUCAUAAGUGACUGAAGAACGGCGUUUUUUUAAAUAAACUUGGCAUCCAUAGACGAGAACAAGAUUCAGCGCAGAUUACAGAGCUGCUGCUGAAUCCCCAUUUAUUGCUGGUUGAUGUUUUAUGGCGUCUGAGUGACCUGAUUCAUGGCUCAUUGAAGGAGUGCUUUAUUGAUUUAAGGGUGUGUUCGUGUGGGGUAUGAUGAUAAGAGGAAAUGAGUGUGUUGUAUGGCUUCAGGUGGUACAUGUCUGUACUUCCUCUGGUGAGCGGGGUGUAGCCCAGCCCUUCCGAGAGACAGGUCUUAACGGUGGUCAGAGUUAGCCGAGCGUUCACCGUGAGUCUGCUCAUCAUGGUACAUGCUCCCGGUGGUUUCCUCUCACCCAAACCUCUUCUGAUCUUCCAGGGAGGAAAGAGAAGGAUCAGUCGCUCUCUACACUCACGCCUCCUCACCUCCCUGAUCUUAACAGGAGGAAUGCCUGCACCUGAGCAGAGUCCCAUGUCGGAGGAGGGCCUUCUGCUGCCAAUCAAAGAUCAAUUAGCCAAUCACAACAUGGAAUCUGAGAGCACUGCCAACAAUAUCCUGGCUUCUGUCAAAGAACAAGAGCUCCAGUUUGAGAGGCUGACCCGGGAACUGGAGGUGGAGCGACAGAUUGUGGCCAAUCAGCUGGACCGAUGCCGACUGGAGGCGGAGUCACCGGGAGCUGCGAGUGGCAGUUCCUCUGAGAAGUCCCUCCACUGGAGACCUACAGAUGUGUCGAGUUCCGCCGAUGCCAAGUCUGUCAGGGAGCAGCUGUCGCUGUGCUCACCGGAGCAGAGCUCUCUGCACGAAAGUGAGGGGUCCGUUGGGAACUCGCGCAGUUCCACGCAGAUGAACUCGUAUUCUGACAGCGGCUACCAGGAUGCAGGCAGCUACUACAGCAGCCAGAACGUGGGAAGGACGGAGAUGCGGCUACAGCACUCGUACCCAGGCGGCGGUCCCGCUGGCAGCAGCACGCUCAUGAGGAACUCCAGGGCAGAGGGCCAGGCUUCCAGCCAGAUGUCUGGAGGUGUCAGCGGGGCGAUCCCUGGACGAGCCAUGCGGCGUGUGUGCUCUGUGCCAUCUCGGGCGCAGUCACCCGCCUACAGCACUGGCAUCUCUCCCUCGCGUGGGUCUUUGCGGGCGUCGCCGGGCAGUGCCUACGGCUCACCCAUCGUGACUGAGCCCAAGCCGCUGCCCAGCAUCUUCUCCAGCAGUACCUUGCCCAACUCCCAGCGGGCCAGCUCUCCCUUCUCUGCCCAAAGGAACUCGCCGUCCACCUUGCGCAGGAUGGGCUCGGGCACCAGCCGUACCACCUCGCCCUACUCGGCACGUCUGGGCUCACCGCUCAGCGUGGCAGUGGAAGAAGGACAAGCGGCAUCAGGCUCAUCUCCGGUGCGAACAGGAAUGACCGCCAUGCCGCAGCAUUAUGGGUCGACGUUGCCAAGGACGCUGCUGCACGAGGGCGCCGAUCCCUACAGUACACAUUCAUACGAGCUCUACGAAAGGAUGGUGCCACGCCCGGACAGCUUGACAGGUCUGCGGGCGUCCUUCGCGAGUCAACACAGUCAUCAUGGGGCUGAUCUGCGCUCGACUGUGAGUCCAGACCGCCACAUCGGACCCAUCUACGAAGACCGAGCCUUUCAUGGGCCUCUGUACCGCAGCCCCAGCCACGUUACACACUCACCACUCUACAGAUCGCCUUCAGGCGUCGGGAACCUGCAGAGGAGCUCCAGCCAGCGCAGCAACAUGACGUACCAAAGAAGCAACAGCUACACAGCGGUGACGUACUCAGACCCGUAUCGCUCCGGCCCGUACCGACCCUCCGAGGGCGGCUUCACCCGGCACGCCAUCAGCAUCAACGACGGAGCCGUUCGCUCUCCCUCCAUCGACAGUAUUCAGAAAGACCCCAGAGAGUUUGCAUGGAGGGACCCAGAGUUGCCGGAGGUGAUUCAUAUGCUGCAGCAUCAGUUUCCCUCUGUGCAGGCCAACGCAGCAGCUUACCUACAGCACCUGUGUUUCGGAGAUAACCGCACUAAGGCAGAGGUGUGUCGGCUGGGUGGGAUCAAGCACCUGGUGGAUCUGCUGGACCACAAGGUUGUGGAGGUGCAGCGGAACGCGUGCGGCGCGCUGAGGAACCUGGUGUACGGAAAAGCCACCGACGACAACAAGACCGCCGUGAGAAACGCCGGGGGCGUGCCGGCUCUGCUCCGCCUGCUGAGGAAGACCGUGGACGCGGAAGUGCGAGAGAUCAUAACAGGGGUCUUGUGGAACUUGUCCUCCUGUGACGCUGUUAAGAUGACAAUCGUCCGCGAUGCCUUAACAACUCUGACCAACACUGUGAUCAUUCCCCACUCGGGCUGGAGCAGCGCGUCCUACGACGACGACCACAAGCUCAAAUUCCACUCCUCACUCGUGCUGCGCAACACCACCGGCUGCCUGAGGAACCUGAGCUCGGCCGGAGAGGAGUCCAGGAAGCAGAUGCGCUCUUGCGAAGGGCUCGUCGACUCGCUGCUCUACGUCAUCAAAGCCUGCGUGAGCACCGCCGACUUCGACAGCAAGAUAGUGGAGAACUGUAUUUGCACUCUGAGGAAUCUCUCGUACCGUUUGGAGCUGGAGAUGCCUCCUUCACGGCUGAUAGAUAAUCAGGAGAAGGACGGGUUGCUGGGGACGGAGUCACCGAGUAAAGAGGCAGACUACAGCUGCUGGGGGAGGAAGAGGAAGAAAAAGAGGAAGAGUGUACAGGAGGAGCAGUGGGAUGGUGUGGGGCCGAUCCCCGGUUUCUCCAAGUCUCCAAAAGGAGCCGAGAUGCUGUGGCAUCCUGCAGUGGUGAAGCCUUACCUCACUCUACUGGCCGAGAGCUCCAACCCCGCAACACUAGAGGGCGCUGCUGGAUCCCUGCAGAACCUCUCAGCUGGGAACUGGAAGUUCUCGGCGUAUAUCCGCGCCGCAGUGCGGAAGGAGAAAGGUUUGCCCAUCCUGGUGGAGCUGCUGAGGAUGGAUAACGACCGCGUGGUGUGUUCUGUAGCCACAGCGCUCAGAAACAUGGCGCUGGACGUCAGGAACAAGGAGCUGAUCGGGAAGUACGCGAUGCGUGACUUGGUGAACCGGCUGCCCGGAGGUAGCACCACUCAGCUGUCUGAUGAGACGGUGGCGGCCAUUUGCUGUACGCUCCACGAGGUCUCCAGCAAAAACAUGGAGAACGCCAAAGCUCUCGCCGACACGGGAGGCAUCGAGAAACUCGUCAACAUCACCAAGGGACGUGGAGAGAGGUACUCGAUGAAGGUGGUGAAGGCUGCAGCGCAGGUUCUCAACACACUGUGGCAGUACAGAGACCUGCGCACUAUCUACAAGAAGGAUGGCUGGAAUCAGAAUCACUUCUUGACUCCUGUGUCCACGCUGGAGAGAGACCGCUUCAAAUCCCAGCCCACAUUACCCUCAAACUCCCUGCAGAUGUCUCCAGUCAAUAAGACAGCGGGCAGCACCACCUCGUCUCCAGCCGUGUUGGGGAUUAAAGAACAGCGCUCCGAUUACCAGAGGACCGCACAGCCACCUAUGCAAUUUUAUAACUACCAAGGAGACAGCAGUGCGCAUAAAACCCCAUACACAGGGUCGGUGAAAUCAUCUCCGUUUUAUCUCAGCUCUUACUCCUCUCCCGGCAGAGACGAAUCCAGGAGAGGCCAGCAGCACAUAUGUUACGUGGAUGAGACUGGACAGAGGGGUUACGAGCCGUAUCGGACGUACGUGCAGUCCCCGCAGGCAUACGACGACCCGUACCUGGAGGAGACGCUGCAGUACUCGACUACAGACUACCCCACACAGCCUCACACACUCAAAGCUACCACCAACUACGUGGACUUUUACUCCAGCACACGCAGAGCCUCGUACCGCACUGAUCAGUACCCGGGCUCGCCAGACUCCUGGGUAUAGAGACACGAAAUAUGAACAGACGGCACCCUCAAUACCGUGUCCGAUUCGAACAGAGAUGGAUUCUGAACGUGGACGAGGGGAGAGAUGAAAAGAGCGAACGUUUAGCCAAAGAAGGAAGAGCAGCAGAGUGUGUGUUUUAUCCAUGGAAGCAGAAAGAAAGUAGAAUUGGUGUGUGUGUGUGUGUAGAAGUGACCGACUGAAUAGCGAGCCUGAUGUAUGUGUAGACCAGAGUUCUGCUCUGAUUUUAUUUUCUUAUGGCAGUGCAGGUGAAGGUGGCCUGAGGAAGCGGCGUGCGAUGUGCAGAAAGGUUUGCGUCAGAGAAUCAGACAGGGAAACGUGUAUGAACUUAGACUGAAAUCAAUCAAGAACUUAUACCUGUUAAAAAAAAAAAGAAUAAAAAAAAAAGAAAGAAGAAGAAAUAAUAAUGAUGAUAAUGUUAAUGAUAAAUAAUGAUCUUAAGACAUUAGCUUAAACAGAGGGAACAAAACUGUAUACGUACUUCUCGUUGAGAUUGUGAAUGCCACUGAGUCUUGUACAUUUCCUUCAGAACACUGUAAAUACAGAAAAGAAAGAAAAUGCAAUGCCACAUUAAAGAGAUGUAGAAAUCUAUAAAUAUACAGAACUAAAAGCAGAAGGCUGCAGGCCUGACUCCAUGAUACUACAGUCUACCUGAAGUAAUAAAAAAAAUCAUCUUUGUUUUUUAUAAAUCUGUCAUUUCUUUCUCUGUGUGUUUUUGUUUUCAUUAAAGGUGCAGUUAGAAUAACAGAAGAUCUGAAGAUCUGAAUUGUUCUCCCAGUUAAAACCAAGCUGUUCAGAUCUGCCCCUUUUCCCGAAAGGGAACUUGUGACGCAGACGAUGUUUCAUGGAGGAUGUAAGGUUGCUUGAAGUGAAGGAGAAGGCUUGUUUUGUUUUUUUUUGUUUUUUUUUUUGUCAGUGACUUCAGAAUUAAGACUAUACAUUGCUCCAUUUCUCCUUCUGAAUAAGACUCGUCAAUUACAUUUUAGGAGAAUCUCUGCAGACAUCUUAAGAGCUGGUCUGUUUAUUUUUGUUUUGUUUAUUUUUGGUCAGCUAGGGUUGAAGUGGCAUUUGUUGGUUGUUAAGUACAGUGCCCUCCACUAAUAUUGGAACCCUUGGUAAAUAGGAGCAAAGAAGCCUGUGGAAAUUUGUCUUGAUUGUUUUAACUUUCUGAUCUUUUGUUCAAAGAAUUCACAAAAAUACUCUGCUGUCAUGUAUAUCAAACAAUUUCAGACACAACACAGGUUUAUCCCAAAAAAAAAAAUCUGUUAAAAAUAGGUGUGCCACAAUUAUUGGCACCCCUAUGAAUUCAUAUGAGGAAAAAUGUAUUUGAAGUUUAUUACCAUUGAUAUUUUACAUUGUUUUAGUACACCUGGGUGACUAGGAACAGGAAAUUGUUCAACCAUGACUUCCUGUAUCACAGGGGUAUAAAUAUGAGGUAACACAUAUGCCAAAUUCCCUUAGUCAUUCAUAUCAAUGGGUAAGACCGAGGAAUAUAGCUGUGAUGUGUGACAAAAGGUUGUUGAGGUUCACAAAAUGGGACGUGUCUAUAAGAAAAUAGCACAAGCAUUGAAAAUGUUCAUCUCCACCAUCAGGGAAAUAAUUAAGAAGUUCCAGUCAACUGGAAAUGUUAUGAAUCAACCUGGAAAUGGACGUGUGUCUAUAUCGUCUCAACACACUGUGAAGAGGAUGGUUCGAGUGGCCAAAAAAUCUCCAAGGAUCACAGCUGGAGAAUUGCAGAAGUUAGUUGUGUCUUGGGGUCAGAAAGUCUCCAAAACUACAAUCCCAAGUCAACUACAUCACCACAAGUUGUUUGGAAGGGUUUCUAUAAAAAAAAAAAAAAGCCUCUACUCUCACCCAAAAACAAACAGUUUGUCAGACACUACUGGAACUUCAAAUGGGAUCGGGUUCUAUGGUCAGAUGAAACCAAAAUAGAGCUUUUUGGUAAUAAACACCAGAGGUGGUUUUGGCGCACACAGAGAGGUAGCCAUAUGGAAAAGUACCUCAUGUCCACGGUUAAAUAUGAUGGUGGAUCUUUAAUGUCUUGGGGCUGUUUUUCUGCCAGAGCACUUGGACAUUUUGUUAGGAUACAUGGCAUCAUAGACUCUAUCAAAUAUCAACAGAUAGUAAAUGAAAACCUAACUGUCUCUGCCAGAAAGCUUCAAACGGGCCGUGGUUGGAUCUUCCAGCAGGACAGCGAUCCAAAACAUACAUCAAAAUCAACACAAAAAUGGUUUACUGACCACAAAAUCAAGCUCCUGCCAUGAUCAUCCCAGUCCCCUGACCUGAACCCCAUAGAAAACCUGUGGGGUGAACUGAAGAGGAGAGUCCACCAGCGUGGACCUCGAAAUUUGAAGGAUGUGGAGAGAUUCUGUAUGGAGGAACGGUCUCAGAUCCCUUGCCAUGUAUUCUCCAACCUCAUCAGGCAUUAUAGGAGAAGACUCAGAGCUGUUAUCUUGGCAAAGGGAGGUAGCACAAAGUAUUGACUAAAAGCGUGACAAUAAUUGUUUCACACUUAUAUUUAACAAAGAUAUUUUUUAAUAAACCUGUGUUUUGUUUGAUAUCCAUGAGCGCAUAGUAUCCUCUAAAUUAAAGAGGAGAGGGACCAUCUUUUUAUCAGCGCUCAGUUCAAAAGCCUGCAUCUCUGAUGGUAUGGGGGUGCAUUAGUGAAUACAGAAUGGGCAGCUUGCACAUCUGGAAAGGCAACAUCAAUGCUGAAAGGUAUAUACAGGUUUUAGAGCAACAUUUGCUUCCAUCCAGAUUCCAUCCCAUCUUUACUUCUGAGAGACUCUGCCUCUCUAAGAUACUCUUUUAUACCCAGUCAUGUUACUGACCUGUUGCCAAUGAACCUAAUUAGUUGCAAAAUGUUCCUCCAGCUGUUUCUUUUUAGUAACACUUACUUUUCCAGCCUUUUUCUCACGUUUCCAACUUUUCUGAGACAUGUUACAGCCGUAAAAUUCAAAAUAACCUUAUUUUUUUCCUUAAAAUGGUACAUUUCCUCACUUUAAACAUUUGAUAUGUUCUCUGUGUUCUAUUGUGAAUAACACCUGAGUUUAUGAGAUUUGCAAAUCAUUGCGUUCUGUAUUUAUUUACAUGUUACACUGUGUCCCAACUUUUUUGAAAUUUUGGUUGUAUUACAAAAGGAGCAAACGUUCACUGAUGCUCAAGAAGGCAACUUUGGGCGUAAACUUUUGAACCGGAUGGUCGGUGUAAAUUGUUAUAAACAAUAUAAAUGAUUAACAUUUUACAGAUUCUGCAAGGUGUAUGUAAACUUAUAACCUCAACUGUAGAUGUUCAAUUCCAAUAUUUACACAUUCUUUUGUAUACGUAGUGGUCCACAUGUUUGUUCUUACCAUCUAAAGGUCAUUUAUAUGGCUGGAACAGACCAAAAGAAAAAUAUAACAGAAUGUCUAGUAUACAGUCUGUAUUCUUUAGUGCAGCGAUACACACUUGAGUCUCCAGCAGCCCUGAUACUGGUCUCUCUGAAGAGUCGGCA